AUGAAUAGUAAGAAAAGAAAUAAAUAUGAUAAACAAAAUUAUAUGCCAUUACCACUAGAAAAUACUGAAAUAAUAAUUGAAAAUAUUUAUAAUUUAAAACAUUGUUUGAAUUUAUAUCGAAAGGAAUUACAAGAAAAAAACAAUUAUAUCGAUAAUGCAAAUGAAGAUUUGAAGUUUUAUAAAAAUGUUUUAAGAAAUAUUAAUAUAGUAUGGAAAAUAUUUAACAGUGAUUUAUUAAGUAUAAUAAAUAAUGAUAAAGAAAUUGGCAUACGUAUAAAAGAAGAAUACGAUAACAAAAAUGAUGAAGGAAGUGGUGAUGAGUAUGAAAAUAAUAUGAUUGAAUCUCCUUAUUAUAAUAUAGAAAAUUUCCAUAAUUUAUUUUUAAAAUAUGUAAAUAAAAAUGAUGGAAAUGAAAGUGAUGAAGAAGAGGACUCUGAUUUUUUUAAAUCUUUAUCAGAAGAUGAUAUAGAAAAUAUAAAAGCAAAAACGAACAAAAUAAAUGAACAAGAAAAAUUAUUUAUAAAAAAUGAAAAAAAUAAUGAUAAAGAAAAAGGAUAUACAAAUAUAAAACGAAAAAGAGAUGAAAAAGGAGAAGAUAGAGAAAGUUCAGACAACACAAAACAGUUUAAUAAUAAAGAUAAUAAUUCUAAAACAGUUUUUGAAGACAAGAUACGAUUUGAAUUUUUAGAAAAUAUUAAAAAAACCUUAAAUUUUAUAAAUAAUAUUAUUUGUUUAAAAUCAAAUAUUAAUAUUGAUUGCAAUUUAGAAUAUAUAAGAAAAAUAAAUUAUGAAAAAAAUGUUUAUUAUGAAAAAUAUAAAGAUGAAAAAAAAAAAAGUAAUAAUGCAAAAAAUGAAUAUAAUAAUAUAAAAAUAGAAUUAGAAAGAUUAGAGAAAAAAAAAGCAUCUCUACUUUUUAAGCUAUACAAUUUAAAUAUAUGUAAAACGAUUAUUGAGGAUGGUAAAGUUGAAAAACCUGAGGAUAUUAUGCAAAAUGAAAUAAAAUUAGAAAACUUUGAUGAAGAUAAAAAUAAAGUAAUAUGUAUUAAUUGUGGGUAUGAGAAUUUAUGUGAGAAUGGCGUUGUUUUGGGUGAGCCUACUAAUGGAAUUGUUAUGAAAAAUGAAAGUAAUAAUUUAUGUACAGCUAAACAACUAUCUACACCAGGAGAUACAAACAUAGGUAAUAGCAGUACUACAAAUAUGAAUAGUACAAUUGAUAAUUCAGGGGGAAAUGAAAAUGAUAAUAUAGCUAAUAAAGUGGAGUCUCAAAUUUUGUUAAACUUUGAAAAUUUAAUUACAAAAGAAAAAAUAAUGCAAAGUGAUCCAUUUAAAAAUCUAAUGAAAGAAACAAUGAAUAUUUAUAAUACAUUAAAGGAAAGAGAAAAAGAGAUUGUUCUUUUAAAAAAAGAAAUAUUAAGAAUGGAAAAUGAUAAAGAUGAAGAAUUUGAUAAUUUAUUAAAUGAAACAAUACAUAAUAAAAAAAAAUUAGUUAAUAAAAUAAAAGAGUUAGAAAUAGAAAUUGUGACAUAUAAAUUAGAUAAAGAUAAAAUUGAAAAUAAAAUAAAUGCUAUGAAAAAUGAAGUUGAUGUAUUAAAAAAUAUUGAAAAUAAUCAAACCAUUCAAUUAAAACAAAAAGAAAAUGAAAUAUUAAAAAUGAAAAGUAACAUUGACACAUUAAAAAUGUCAGAAAAUAAUUUGAAAGAAAAAAUCGAGAUUCUUAAAAAGGAAAAAGAUAGCUUAUUAAGUUCAGAAGGGUGUAUGAUAAAAAAUGGGAAUCCAAUUGGUGAUGGGUCAAAAAAUAAAACAAGUGUUGAUAUAGAUAAAUAUAAUGAGCUUCUUCGUGAAAAUGAAAAUAUGCGAAAAAGUUUAGAAAAAAAAAAAGAUGUUGAAGAAGAGUUGAUAAACUUAAAAAGUAGUUACGAUUCUAUGAGUGAAGAAAUAGAAGAAAUAACAAAAGAAUAUGAAAAAAAACAAGAACAAGUUGAUGAAAUGAUUUUACAAAUAAAAAAUAAAGAGAUGGAAUAUUUAAAAAAAUAUAAUAAUAUGGUAAGUAAAGAAUAUGCAGAAAAUAAUUUAAAACAACUCGAAAAUAGUUAUAAAGAAAAGAUUUCUUUAAUAAAUGAUACAUAUGAUAAAUAUAAAGAUUUUUCAAAUUUAUAUUUAUCAUUAUUUUAUCAUGCUCGAAAAAAUGCAGUUAUAUCAGACAAUGCAAAAGAAGAGCAAAUGAAUAUAAUUAUAAAAUUAAAAGAAAAAUAUGAAUUAAUUUUUCAAAAAAAAAAAGAAUUGUCUGGUAUAUUAAAAAGUUUAUAUAGUUGUAAUAAAAAAUUAAUUACACAAUGUAAUGAUUUAUAUAAAGAAAAUAAAAAGCUUCAAAGUACUGUAUGCUCGAUGGAAAAAAAUAAAUAUAAAAAAGAUAUGUCCCCAAAUAAUGAUGAUAAUAAUUUACUUAUAGAAGAAAAUAAUGAAUUACGAAGAAGAUUAAUAUGUAGUGUUUGUAUGGAAAAUUUUAGAAAUUAUAUUAUUAUUAAAUGUGGGCAUAUAUAUUGUGAAACUUGUAUUUUUAAUAAUCUUAAAUCAAGAAAUCGAAAAUGCCCACAAUGUAAAAUACCUUUUGAUAAAAAGGAUUUACAAAAAAUGUUUUUAGACUGA